AUGCAACUGUUACGCGUUACCUCGACUAUGUCUUACCAAGGAUCACCAUAUUCGGGCCCGGGUGACGAAUAUGAUUUUGAAGACGAUGGGUACGACGACUUAGACGAAUACAGAGACCAAGAAGACCCGUUACCACCACCUGCAGUUGAUGACAGCGAUGAAGAUACGGAAGAGGCUAGUGAAACAGAAAUACCAAAUAAUGAUGAACCAGUUGAGAUUAAAGAACAAAUGUACCAAGAUAAAUUGGUAAACCUGAAGAAACAGCUGCAGCAAUUAGAAGAUGGAGUUCAUCCAGAAUUCUUAAGAAGAGUGAAAAGAUUAGAACACCAGCUUCAUGAAAGGCUAAGGCUCAAUAAGAUAUACAAAGAACACAUGCACGAAGUGGUGGAAAGGGAAUACGUAGCAGAGAAGAAGGCAGCAGCAAAAGAAUUUGAAGAGAAGAAAAUAGAGCUGAGGGAGAACUUACUCAAUGACUUUGAGGACAAGAGAAAAAUGAUCGAGAAUGAGAGGCAUAGCAUGGAACUCAAUGGUGAUUCCAUGGAGGUGAAACCGGUAAUGAAGCGAAUCUUGCGACGGCGGGCCAACGAGCCGGCACCGGCGCCCGAGAAGCGUCGCAAGCCCCUGGCGACCACGCUGACGUUCCAGCUGGACGAGCGCGACGUGGAGGCAGACCUACGCGCCAUCUCGCGCCAGGCGCAGUCCCCGCCGCGCCACCACCACCAGCACCACGCCCACCACGCGCCCACACACGCCACCCAGCCCAGGAAGCACCUCAACUCCAACAGCUCAACAUGUGCCGGAGAUUCACCAGUGCGGGAAGGCGAGGUGACCGACGCGAGGGUAGAAGACGGCAAAUUGUUGUACGAGAGGCGCUGGUUUCAUCGCGGACAGAGCGUCUACGUGGAAGGCCCUGGACGGGAAAUGAACAAGUUUCCCGGUCACAUACAUGCCAUCACCGAUGAAGCGAUAUGGGUGAAGAAAACCAACCUGGAACGAAUCAGGAUAUACGUGUCGCAGUUAGCGCGUGGCAAAGUGACUUUAAAAAGACGCGCUUCGUAA